GAAAAAAGAUAUGCGCAUGCGCUGUUUACCAACGCAUGUACGUACAUUGGAGGACACGGUACGACGUCUAGGCAGGCGUUUCCGCUUCCUGUAUUUUACUUUUGUAGAUGUGCUAGGCUAACGCAAAAUGGCUGCCACUUUGAGACCAUACCUAAAUGCAGUGCGUUCUACAUUGACCGCUGCCAUGUGCCUAGAGAACUUCUCGUCACAGCAUGUUGAACGACACAACAAGCCAGAAGUGGAAGUCAGGAGUAGCAAAGAGCUUUUGUUACAACCCCUUGUAAUCAGUCGUAAUGAGAGGGAGAAAGUGUUAAUAGAGGGCUCCAUUAAUUCUAUCAGGAUAAGCAUUGCUGUUAAACAGGCUGAUGAAAUUGAAAGAAUUCUAUGUAGAAAGUUCAUGCGAUUUAUGAUGAUGAGGGCAGAGAACUUUUUCAUCUUAAGAAGGAAAGCUGUAGAGGGUUAUGAUAUAAGUUUCCUGAUUACAAACUUUCACACAGAGCAGAUGUUUAAACAUAAACUGGUGGAUUUUGUAAUUCAGUUUAUGGAAGAAAUCGACAAGGAAAUCAGCGAGAUGAAAUUAGCCCUAAAUUCUAGAGCAAGAAUUGCCGCUGAGGAGUUCUUAAAACGAUUUUGAUGGAAUCAAGAUGGAUAUUGUAAAGUGGACACAAGAUUGUUGGCAAAAAGCAGGAAUAGAAGAAAUUUAAAUUAAACGUUUAUAGCUAAUGGAUCCAUUUUUCUGUAUAUAUAAUAUAUUUUCUAUCUUUGAUACAUAAGCUUCCAGUUAUCAUUCUCAAUGUAUGACAAAGGCAUUUAGUCAAAAUCUCUUUUUUUUUUAUCUAUCUGUAUAGAUAGAUUAUAAAGAUGUAUUGUCCUCUGAAACAAACGUUUUCUUGGUAUUUUUCAUUGGACAAUACAUCUUUAACCAUAGCUAUGCAAGCUAGGGUGCUAGGAUACAACAGUGACUACAGUUGAUGCAAGCUUGUGUUUUGAGAGCAAAUGUGACCCAAGCUCACAAAAGGGCUGUAAUCUCGUCCUCAGGCCAAAAAGAGUUUUUGUUAUAAUGGCAUAGAACAUAUCAUUUACUUUAAAAUGACAGUUAAAUGAACUCAAUCGGGUGUCUGG